AUGGUCUUCCACCCUCCCUGCCCAAAGCCCCGGAGAUUUAUGCUGCGGUUCCUCAGCCACAGCGGUGUCAUCGGCUUGCGCAAUGCCCCGGUGGUCAGACGGAGGGGGGAAUACCCCGAAACGGCCAUAAACAGCCCCGUGUCCCCACCGCUGCCCCCACCACCACCAUCUCCCAGUGCCUCCCUCUGGGGUCGCAGAAAUGAGUACUUCGGCACCAUCUCCAUCGGUACCCCAGCCCAGGAGUUCACCGUUGUCUUUGACACCGGCUCCUCCAACCUGUGGGUGCCCUCGGUGUACUGCUCCAGCCCGGCCUGCACCAACCACAACCGCUUCAACCCAGCGGACUCCUCCACCUUCAUCAGCACCAACGAAACCCUCUACAUCGCCUACGGCACUGGCAGCAUGUCCGGCGUCCUGGGCUACGACACCGUCACCGUCGCGGACAUCGAGGUCAUCAAUCAGAUCUUCGGGCUGGCUGAGACCGAGCCCGGCGCUUUCUUCUACUACACCCCCUUCGAUGGCAUCCUGGGGCUGGCUUUCCCCAGCAUCGCCUCUUCCGGAGCCACCCCCGUCUUCGACAACAUGAUGACACAAGACCUCGUGGCCAAGGACCUCUUCUCCGUCUACCUGAGCAAGGAUGGGCGGAGCGGCAGCUUUGUCCUCUUCGGCGCCAUCGACCCCUUCUACACCACCAACGGCAUCACCUGGAUCCCUCUCUCUGCUGAAACCUACUGGCAGAUCACCAUGGACAGCGUCUCCAUCGGUGGGGAGGGCAUCGCCUGUGCCUUCGGCUGCCAGGCCAUCGUGGACACGGGCACCUCGCUGCUGGCCGUGCCCGACAGAGUCCUCAGAGUCAUCCUCAACAUCCUCGCCAACCACAACCGCUUCAACCCAGCGGACUCCUCCACCUUCAUCAGCACCAACGAAACCCUCUACAUCGCCUACGGCACUGGCAGCAUGUCCGGCGUCCUGGGCUACGACACCGUCACCGUCGCGGACAUCGAGGUCAUCAAUCAGAUCUUCGGGCUGGCUGAGACCGAGCCCGGCGCUUUCUUCUACUACACCCCCUUCGAUGGCAUCCUGGGGCUGGCUUUCCCCAGCAUCGCCUCUUCCGGAGCCACCCCCGUCUUCGACAACAUGAUGACACAAGACCUCGUGGCCAAGGACCUCUUCUCCGUCUACCUGAGCAAGGAUGGGCGGAGCGGCAGCUUUGUCCUCUUCGGCGCCAUCGACCCCUUCUACACCACCAACGGCAUCACCUGGAUCCCUCUCUCUGCUGAAACCUACUGGCAGAUCACCAUGGACAGCGUCUCCAUCGGUGGGGAGGGCAUCGCCUGUGCCUUCGGCUGCCAGGCCAUCGUGGACACGGGCACCUCGCUGCUGGCCGUGCCCGACAGAGUCCUCAGAGUCAUCCUCAACAUCCUCGGUGCCACCUCCAGUGGUGAGAUCAGCUGCAAAGCUGCCAGCAGACUGCCCAGCGUCGUCUUCCACAUCAACGGCAAAGCCUUCCCCGUGUCGCCCAGCGCCUACGUGAUGGAGAGCGACGGGUACUGCACCCUCGGCUUUCAAGGCAUGGACGUCCCCACCGAGUCGGGCGAGCUCUGGAUCCUCGGGGAUGUCUUCAUCCGCGAGUACUACGUCAUCUUCAACAGAGCCAACAACAUGGUGGGGCUGUCCCGGCUGCCCUGA